AUGGAUAUUUACGACACUCAGACCUUGGGAGUUGUAGUCUUCGGUGGAUUUAUGAUUGUCUCUGCGAUCGGCAUCUUCCUGGUGUCAACAUUUUCCAUGAAAGAGACAUCAUAUGAAGAAGCCCUAGCCAACCAGCGCAGGGAGAUGGCGAAAACCAAUCACCAUCUGAAAGUGGAAAAGAAAAAGAAGGAGAAAACAGUAGAGAAGAAAGGAAAGACCAAGAAAAAGGAGGAGAAACCCAAUGGGAAGAUACCUGAGAAUGAGUCAGCCCCUAAUGUGACCAUCCUUCUGAAAGAACCAGUGCGGCGAGUUCCUGCUGUUCCUGUGAUGUCAAGCUCAGUCCAGCCCCACGUGGUCUUCCCCCCUGUAGCUACAGUAUCAGCCAUGCCCCAAGAGAAGCCGGCUCCCUCCCCUAAGGACAAAAAGAAGAAGGAGAAAAAAGUGGCAAAGGUGGAACCAGCAGUCAGUCCUAUUGUGAAUUCCAUCCAGGUUCUCACCUCAAAGGCUGCCAUCCUGGAUGGUGCUCGCAAGGAGGGAAAAAUAACUGAAGGGGCCCAGAACCAAGAAGCAAAGCAAGAGGUUCCUUCAAAGAAGAAGUCAAAGAAGAAAGCGGGCCUGGCUGCCGACAGUCCUCUCUACUUGCCCUAUAAGACUCUGGUCUCCACGGUUGGAAGCAUGGUGUUCAGUGAGGGCGAGGCCCAGCAGCUCAUCGAGGUCCUCUCAGAGAAGUCGGGGAUCACCCAGGAUGUCUGGCACAAGGCCACUCAGAAGGGUGACCCAGUGACAGUUCUAAAGCGCCAGCUGGAGGAAAAGGAGAAGCUACUGGCCACUGAGCAGGAAGAUGCAGCCAUGGCCAAGAGCAAGCUGCGGGAGCUUAACAAGGAGCUGGCUGCAGAGAAGGCCAAAGCUGCAGCUGGGGAGGCCAAAGUGAAGAAGCAGCUGGUGGCCAGGGACCAGGAGAUCGCAGCGGUACAGGCACGCAUGCAGGCCAGCUACCGCGAGCACGUCAAGGAAGUGCAGCAGCUGCAGGGCAAGGUUCGGACUCUUCAGGAACAGCUGGAGAACGGCCCCAACACCCAGCUGGCUCGUCUGCAGCAAGAGAACUCCAUCCUGAGGGAUGCUUUAAACCAGGCCACCAGUCAGGUGGAGAGCAAACAGAAUGCAGAGCUGGCCAAACUCCGGCAGGAGCUCAGCAAGGUCAGCAAGGAGCUGGGGGAGAAGUCUGAAGCUGCACGGCAGGAAGAGCAGCAGCGAAGGGCACUGGAGGCUAAGGCUGCUGCCUUUGAGAAGCAGGUUGUGCAGCUGCAGGCAUCACACAAAGACAGCGAGGAAGCCCUGCAGAAGCGCCUGGAGGAGGUCAGCCGGGAGCUAUGCCGCUCACAGACCAGCCACGCCAGCCUGCAGGCAGAUGCCGACAGAGCCCAGGAACAGCAGCAGCAGAUGGCCGAGCUGCACAGCAAACUCAAGUCCUCAGAAGCGGUGGUGAAGAGUAAGUGUGAGGAACUGGAUGGCCUCCAGGGACAACUGAAGGAUGCCAAGGCUGAGAACACACAGCUUGCUGAGAGGAUCCGGUCCAUUGAGGCCUUGCUGGAGGCCAGCCAGACCCGCGAUGCCCAGGUCGGCUGGGCCAGCCGAGCGGAGACCGACCAGCAGCGCAGCCGCCUCCAGGAGCUGGAGUCCCAAAUCUCAUCUCUGGAGAAAGAAGCUAUAGAGCUGAGAGAAACUGUGGAGCAGCAGCAGAUGAAGAACAACGACCUCCGGGAGAAGAACUGGAAGGCCAUGGAGGCACUGGCUGCAGCUGAGAGGGCUGGUGAGGACAAGUUACGGUCCCUGACGCAAGCCAAGGACGAGUCCGAACGGCAGCUGCGUGUGAUGGAGACACAGACGAGGGAAGCUCUGCAGUCCAUAUUACCAGAGCUCAGCACCGCCUCGAAGCAGAAUUACUCUGAGUGGCUGCAGGAGCUGAGAGAAAAAAGCUCCAAGCUGCGGACACAACUGCCGGCUCCCACGGAGUCUACCUCGGACCUGGCCUCCAGGCUGCAAGCUGCAGAAAACGCCCAGAGCACCCUGCAGGCUGAGUGCGAGCAGUACCGCACCAUCCUGGCCGAGACGGAGGGCAUGCUCAAGCACCUGCAGAAGAGCGUGGAGGAGGAAGAGCAAGUGUGGAAGAGCAGAGUCAGUGUUGCUGAGGAGGAGCUGCAAAAGUCUCACAUCACGGUGAAGCACCUUGAAGAGGUGGUAGAGCGGCUGAGAGGAGAGCUGGAGAGUUCUGAUCAGCUGCGAGAACACACUGCACACUUGGAGGCAGAGCUGGAAAAGCACAUGGCAGCGGCCAGCGCGGAGUGCCAGAGCUACUCCACAGAGGUGGCGGGGUUGAGAAAGCUUUUAUUAGAAUCCCAAUCUCAGCUGGACACAGCCAAGAGUGAAGCCCAGAAGCAAAGCGACGAGCUUGCCCUGGUCAGGCAGCAGUUGAGUGAGAUGAAGAGCCGUGUAGAGGAUGGUGAAGUAGCGGGGUCUCUGGCUGUCCCCUCAAAGGCCCCCCCAGCUGAGCAGGACUCUGCCGAGCUCAAAACGCAGCUGGAGAGGACAGAGGCCGUCCUGCAGGGCGAGCAGGCACAGCGUCAACAGCUUGUGGCUGAGUUUGAGGAGGCUCAGAAGGCUGCAUGCUGCUUACAAGAAGAGCUGGACAAACUCCGCACCACCACUGCCCAGGGGGCUUCAGAAGUGCAGGAGGUCAUGCAGUUGAAGGAAAGACUAGACAAAGAGAAGAAGCUGACAAGUGACCUAGGCCGUGCAGCUACCAAGCUGCAGGAGCUUUUGAAGAUUACCCAGGAGCAGCUGGCCUCGGAGAGGGAGCGAGUAAAGACACUGCAGGAGCAGCUGGACCAGGCGGACAGUAGCAGCUCAAAGGAGGGUACUUCAGUCUGA